AUGUCUUUAAAAUGCAAAAUAGUUGCGGAAAUGGAAGCCUCGGAGACGAUUUGCUUAUAUUUUUUGGGAAGAGAAAGUGAUUUUGGUUCUGUUUUGGUGAGGGAGAAACAGUCGGAAGUAUUGAGAAGUAAUGGGUGGGGAGCCGCUGUGGAGAGAGAAGCGAGUUGGAAGAACAAGUGGGGGAGCCCGACAUCUGUUUUGAAUAUAAGGGAGGGAAGAACAAGACGUUUCCUAGGAACGAAGUCCAAAUGGGGAUUUUCAAAAUUUAUAUCAAAGGAAAGUCUGACAAAUCCAUCAAAUGGAUAUGUAGUUGGUGACAAGUCAUGUGUGUUUGGCGCUGAGGUUUUUGUGGCUAAAAAAGAAGCAAUCACUCAAUCCGUGUCUUCAAGAAAUGUUGACAUUCCUUACAAACGUGAUUGGAUUAUUCCAAACUUCUCCAAACUCGGAAAGUUUUGGGUAUCGGAGGUAUUCGGUGCUGGAGGCGAAAAAUGGACGAUUAGUCUUUACCCGAAAGGAAUAGUUGUUGGCACCCAUGUCGACAUAUGUGUGUGGUAUUACGGUUGUGAAAGAGUGGAAGCAUGUUUUACAGUACGUAUCAAAGACCAGAUUUUUGAUCAUGAAUACGAGAAAUCAUGUAAAUAUUGCUUGUUUACAACUUCCUCCAAUGUUGGGGGACUGUAUAAUUUCAUUGAAAUUGCAACUAUGAAUGAUCCUAAAAAGGGAUUCAUUGUGAACGAUUCUUGUCUUCUGCAACUUGAAAUCUCAUCUCUCAGAGAUGUGGCAGAAUAA